AUGUCAAUGACGGAUCAAGGCGCGGGCAGUGACGGUCACUCCCCGGAAUCAUACCUCGAUCAUCCCGAUCAGGAAGCCGAUCUCUCACAACCCCAGGAUGUCCAUCGGGACACGGAGGGGUUGCACGAACCGAUCACUUUCAAACCGAAACAACAGAAGCGACAAUCACGAUUUAGUUUGUCGGGCCUUUUCUCGAACACCGCUGGCGGGUCGAAUACAGGGCUUGGGUUUGCGGGUGCGCCAGGCGGAGAGAAUGGAGAUGCAUCACCACUUGAUACAGAGAGACCAUUUGGAAUGAAUGGUGAUUCAAAUACUUCAAAGGACGGUGCCCCUUUGGAUUGGUAUGUCGAAGGACCGGGUCGACGAGUCGGGUAUGAUGAUUUUACAGCCAUCGAUUGGAUCUACGAGUAUACCAAGGAACGACAACGGAAACGUCUGUUAUACUCAAGCGGCCAAGGCUUUCUGGGUCACGUUCGUCGAUUUUUGGAGGCCAGUAACAUUUGGUUCGUCCUAGUUGCGACGGGUAUCGCUGUCGGAAUCAUCGCCGCGUCCAUUGAUAUCGCUACAAACUGGCUAGGAGACCUGAAAACGGGAUACUGCAAGAAUGGUAAUGGAGGAGGGAAGUUUUAUCUGAAUCGCAGCUUUUGCUGCUGGGGUCUAGAUGAUCAAACAAAAUGCCAGGAUUGGACACCAUGGGGAUAUGCCCUUGGUUCUUCUUCCAUCGGCGGCCGUUUUACCAUUGAAUACAUGUUUUUUAUCAUGUUUUCGGUGGCAUUCGCAACAAUUGCAUGUGUAUUGGUACGGAAGUUCGCCAUAUACGCUCGCCACAGUGGAAUCCCAGAGAUUAAGACUGUGCUUGGUGGGACUGUGAUUCGUCACUUUAUGGGACCUUGGACGCUAGCCAUCAAGUCUCUUGGCUUGUGUCUUGGAGUUGCAUCUGGAAUGUGGCUGGGCAAGGAAGGUCCAUUAGUACAUGUCGCCUGUUGUUGCGCGAAUAUUAUCAUGAAGCCCUUCAAUAGUUUGAAUGGCAAUGAAGCCCGAAAACGGGAGGUCCUUUCCGCAGCCUCUGCAGCAGGUAUAUCUGUCGCCUUCGGUGCCCCCAUUGGAGGUGUGCUUUUCAGUCUGGAGCAAUUGUCCUAUUAUUUCCCAGAUAAAACCAUGUGGCAAAGCUUUGUCUGUGCUAUGGUCGCUGCUGUGACACUACAAGCCAUUAAUCCCUUUCGCACGGGGAAGAUUGUACUCUAUCAAGUCACCUACACCCGAGGGUGGCACCGCUUUGAGAUCAUCCCAUUUAUUAUUCUGGGUAUUAUAGGCGGUCUGUUUGGGGCCUUCCUCAUUCGCGUGAAUAUCAGGAUAGCUCAGUGGCGGCGAACUAGGGGCUGGUCGCGACCAGUCUUAGAGGUGGCCGCAGUUGCUCUUCUCACGGCAUUGAUCAAUUUCCCAAACCACUUCAUGAGAGCGCAAAACUCAGAACUAGUUCAAGCACUGUUCUCAGAAUGCAGCAGCGAAACAUACGAUCGAUUUGGCCUCUGCGUAUCUGGGCCUGCAUCACUAGGAGUCGUUGCUAUGCUGCUUGUGGGGGCUGCGCUAGCCUUUGCCCUUGCUUCUUUGACCUUCGGUCUUGAUAUUCCUGCUGGCAUCAUUCUUCCGUCCGUUGCCAUUGGUGCAUUAUAUGGACGAGCACUUGGUAUGCUUGUUCGAAUGUGGCAGGAAGCCUACCCCAAGGCUUUCCUCUUCAGCAAGUGUGAACCUGACAUUCCUUGUGUAACGCCUGGUCUAUACGCCAUUAUCGGUGCGGCAUCUGCUCUCGGUGGUGCGACUCGAAUGACUCUCUCAAUUGUUGUCAUCAUGUUUGAACUGACCGGUGCCUUGACAUAUGUCAUUCCCAUAAUGAUCGCUGUGAUGUUAUCGAAAUGGUGUGGUGAUAUCUUCGGGAAGCGCGGUAUUUACGAAUCAUGGAUUCAACUCAAUGAAUACCCAUUUCUUGAUCAUCGAGAUGACACCAACCCGCCAGAUGUCUCUGCUCAUCGCGUCAUGACCACUGUGGAUGAUGUAUCUGUGAUCACUGCCACUGGCCAUACUAUUGGCUCACUUCGGGGCCUUCUUGCUACCACCAGUUAUCGUGGAUUCCCCGUCAUCACUGAAACUUCAACGCCUACCCUCUUGGGUUAUAUCACUCGAAAUGAACUUUCCUUCGCAUUGAAAUACUCAUGCUCUCCUGCAAACCGCAACCUUUCAGAUGAGACACAAGUUCUAUUUGUUCACCAGCCCUUCGCAGACCCUGUCGAUACAUUGGAUCUCCGACCUUGGAUGGAUCAAACGCCCAUUACACUCAACAGUAAUAUCAGCUUUUUGAUUGUGUUGCGAAUGUUCCAGCGUCUUGGCUUACGCUAUGUGCUAUUUUCGAAUAAAGGAAUCUUGCAGGGUCUAUUGACAAAGAAGGAUGUCUGGGCUGUGCUGAAUGGAGUCGAGUUCCAACGACAGGAGGCUCUUCGAGAUCGUCAGUUUCAAAGGUCUCACAACGCUGAAGGGGUUGGCUUACUACAUUCUGAUGAAAGAAGCAGUAUGAGCAGUUCUGUCAGGCGUGACUCGCUUUAG